UUUUACUCUUUUAUUUAGUUUAAAAUUAUCUUAUUUUUUUUUUCGUUAUUUGAAAAAACUUUUGUAUUUAAUUUGAAGCUCUUACACAAGAAAAAGUGCAGGUCUGUUAUGAAAUAAAAAACCUGGUAUUGGUGGAAUUCUGUCGCGUGCAAAAGGGGGUGUCGGGUGAUGAAGUUAGAGAAACAUGCAAAGAUUUAUAUGGAAGAUGGUUAUGUGAGGAAGAUGUCUGAUGGAGUGGAUGUGGAGGUUGACAUGGAUAAUGACGUUAGAAUAGACGAAGAUAUUCAUAAAGAUUAUGGACAAGAAAUUGGAAAAAUUGUUGAUUGUAGCAAAACAUUCAUAACUACAAAGGUCCACCACCAAACACAACAUCUUCAGGUGCAACAUCAUCAACUGCAACAUAUUCGAGAGUUUCAUAAAUCUCUUGCUCCUCAUCUACAAUUGCAAGUCUUUAACGUCUACGUACAUAUGCAGUAGGUUUGGUGCGGUCACCACCUCUUGUACAUGACAUAUUUGUAUAAAAGAUAACAUCAACGUACACUAAUUAGAAUUCGAGUCAACAUAUUUUAAACAUAUCAUAAAUAUUGUGAACA